AUGGUCUACCUCCGCGCCGACGGCACGGUCGUCGAGAAGCGCUCCAUGUGGCGCCUGUCCAUCGUCCCCGACUUCCUCUGGGGCGUCGUCGACUUCUUUUGGCUCUUCGUGAGCACGCUGAUCAACCCCCAGAGCGAGCACAACUCCCUGCGACCAAAGCGGAGCUCCGGCGGCGCGACGGGCCGCGGCGGCGGCGGCGGCCGGCCCGGCGGCUCCGGCGGCGGCGCGCGCAAGGUCAAGGGCCUCAAGGACUGCUCGUCGUCGAGCAUGUCCGCCGCCGGCGCGGGCGGCUGAGGC